AUGUCUCUAAAUUACAUCAAGAACUUCUAUGAAGGAUGUCUCAGACCUCCUACAGUGAUCGGUCAAUUCCACACCCUUUUCUUUGGCUCAGUUCGAAUGUUCUUCCUUGGUGUAUUGGGCUUUGCAGUCUAUGGGAAUGAAGCCUUGCAUUUUAGCUGUGAUCCAGACAAGAAGGAAAUAAAUCUCUUCUGUUACAACCAAUUCAGGCCAAUAACUCCACAGGUAUUCUGGGCAUUACAGCUAGUGACUGUACUGGUUCCUGGAGCUGUUUUCCAUCUUUAUGCUGCAUGUAAAAGCAUUGAUCAAGAAAGUAUACUUCAGAGGCCCAUCUAUACUGUCUUUUAUAUCCUCUCUGCCUUACUAAGAAUAAUCCUUGAGGUGAUAGCCUUUUGGCUUCAAAGUCAUCUUUUUGGUUUCCAAGUAAAAUCUCUUUAUCAUUGUGAUGCUAGUUUGCUUGAAAAAAGAUUGGGCAUCAUAAGGUGUCUUGUUCCAGAACAUUUUGAAAAGACCAUAUUUCUCAUUGCUAUGUACACAUUUACAGCAGUCACAAUAGCACUGGGAGCUGCUGAAGUUUUUGAGAUCUUAUGUAGAAGAUUAAGCUUUUUAAGUGGCUAA